AUGCCGUCCGUCAAGAACCCCAACGGCCCGUCCAAGAACCGGCUCGCCGCCCGCGCAUCCGCCGCCAAAAAGGUCCGCAGAAAGCGCAGCGAAUUGGCCCGGAACAAAAUUUCAAAGCAGGACGUCGCCCGCGGCGCAAGACCCGGGAUCCUGCCCACGAGCGGUCCGCGGGCGAAAGUGAGCGCCAAAAAGGCGAGGAAGCUGGAGAAGAAGAUGGGGUAUGCGCUAAAGAGGAGAAUGGAGGCCGAGGGGGAGAAGCAGAUGCUGGGUGAGCCUGAACUUGCGACUGAAUUUCUUUUUGCGUCUUGGUCAAGGGCAGCACUGACGAGUCUUGUAGAUGCGCCUGAUGUGGAUGCCGAGGUUGAGAAGCAGCUGAAUGCGGAGAACGACAUGGAUAUCCAGUGA